CGAAAGCUGACCGCUGGGACGGCUGCUUUUUGCACUGGAACUGUGUUGUGCCACGUGACAUACAUAAUUGUCCGUUCUCCCCGCCCAUAUCCCGGUUUCCACGUCUUAAAGAGGGGGUAGAACCAGCGUGCGUGCAGCCGCAAUCGAUGGCCGGGCGGGAUGUACGAGCGUCGCAGGCAAGAUGGUACUGUCAGAACUUAACUGGGACCACCACGUACCGCUCCCGAAGCUAACCCACUCCCAGGCCAGGGUCCUCGUUUGUUUAGCGGCUCUCCUCUGUUUCAUGAAUAGCUAUGAUGGAGAGUUCGUGUUUGAUGAUUCUGAAGCUAUUAUCAACAACAAGGAUUUAAAACCAGAUACGCCGCUGAGUAACAUUUGGAGAAAUGACUUCUGGGGAAGUAACCUGAGCAGCAACACCAGCCACAAGUCUUACCGGCCUCUCACGGUGCUGACGUUCAGACUGAACUACCUCCUGGCUGGUGGACUGCAUCCAGUGGGCUUCCAUGUGAUCAACAUCGGCCUGCACGGUGCCAUCUCCGUGUUGAUGAUCGACGUGUUCGCGAUACUGAUUGGCGGUUUGGCCUACGACGGAAAGGGGAAGAGGCUCAACCAGGCGCCCAAGGCAUCGUCCUUGGCUGCUCUCCUCUUUGCCGUGCAUCCGAUUCACACAGAGAGCGUGGCUGGCAUCGUCGGCCGAGCAGACCUGUUGUGCGCCCUCUUCUUCCAGUUAUCCUUUCUCACGUACUGCAGGGCUUUCCAGCAGGGGAACUCUAAAGAUGACAGGUUCUCGACGGCGUGGAUUGUAAUCAGCCUUGUAUUGUGUGCCGUGGCCAUGCUCUGCAAGGAACAGGGGAUCACAGUUUUGGGAGUGAACGCUGCCUUCGACAUCCUCAUGGUCUGCAACGUGAAUGUGCACGAGCUCGCCCAGCGGGUCCUGUUCCGGCAGAAGGUGGCGGAUCUCAGUGAGCUGUUCAGAAGGGGAUUCCUGACACGAAUGGCCCUUCUGAGUUUCGGAGGCGCGCUUCUUGUAUAUGCAAGGUGGAGGAUCAUGGGAACUGGCCCCCCUGCCUUCACUGAGGUGGAUAACCCAGCAUCCUUUGCAGAAAAUGUAUUUCUCAGAGCUGUGAACUACAAUUACUACUACUCCCUGAAUGCAUGGCUGCUUCUGUGUCCCUGGUGGCUGUGUUUUGAUUGGUCGAUGGGCUGCGUACCUCUUAUUAAGUCAGCCUGUGAUUGGAGGGUAGUCCCAGUGCUGCUGCUGUGGGGCGGCCUCUUCGGCUUGACUAGUCAAGCUUUGCUCUCGCAGGACAGUCAUAAGAGAAGGACUCUCACCUUCGGGCUGGUGCUCCUGGUGAUCCCCUUCCUGCCGGCGAGUAACCUGUUCUUCCGCGUGGGCUUCGUGAUCGCCGAGCGCGUGCUGUACAUGUCCACCGCCGGCUACUGUCUGAUCCUCACCUACGCGCUGGGCUGCUCCUGCUGCCUCUGGAGGAGACACAAGAAGCUCGUCCACGCCGCGCUGCUGGGGCUGCUGGGUAUGAACGUGGCUCGCUGCGCCCUGCGCAGUCAGCAGUGGCGGUCUGAAGAGGCCCUGUUCACCAGCGCCCUGUCUGUGUGCCCCCUAAAUGCCAAGGUUCAUUACAAUGUUGGCAAGAACUUGGCAGACAGAGGCGAUCAGAGUGCUGCAAUCAAAUACUACAGAGAGGCUGUGCGGUUAAAUCCGAAAUACGUCCACGCCAUGAACAACCUGGGGAACAUACUAAAGGAGAGGAACGAGUUAGUGGAAGCUGAGGAGCUGCUUUCCGAAGCUGUUCGCAUCCAGCCUGAUUUCGCCGCAGCCUGGAUGAACCUCGGCAUCGUGCAGAACAGCUUGCAGAAGUUCGGAGACGCCGAACAGAGCUACUGGAAUGCGAUCAGGUUCCGGAGGAAGUAUCCCGAUUGCUACUACAACCUCGGACGCCUAUAUGCAGACCUGAACAGGCACCUGGAUGCUCUGAACGCAUGGAAGAACGCCACCAUGCUGAAGCCUGACCACAGCCUGGCCUGGAACAACAUGGUCAUACUCCUGGACAACACAGGCAACCUGGCGCAGGCAGAGGUGAUUGGAAAAGAGGCCUUGAGACUGCUUCCCAAUGACCACACCAUCAUGUUCUCCCUGGCCAAUGUCCUGGGGAAACUGCAGAAGUACAAGGAAUCUGAAGGGUUCUUCCUUAGCGCACUGAAUAUCAACCCCAAUUCUGCCAGUUGCCAUGGAAAUCUAGCUGUUCUCUAUCAUCGCUGGGGGAGACUGGACAUGGCCAAGAAGCACUACGAGAUGUCUUUAAAACUAGAUUCCAAUGCACCGGGGACGAAGGAAAACUACAACAUGCUCCUGCGCAAACUAGAGCAGCAGCAACAGCGGAAGACGACUGUCUGAAUGUUCAGCUAGGCUACUGCACGUAGGCUACAUCGCAGUUGUGUGCUCUUCAUCUUUGUAUUGUACUUCACAUUCUUGAAUAAAAAUUAAAGAGAAAAAG